AGCAUCCAGCAUCACUGACUACAACUGUUUGGUGCCUCAGCUCACAAGUGGGUACAAAAGUUUCGCUUUUUCGGUAAAACUUAAUAAUUUCUCAACACCAGUCCCUAGUUUUUUUCUAAAAAUUGAAUUCAUUUUGAAUAAGACUCCUUACCCACACGAGAAACGGUGAAAAUGAGCUCUCACAGUCACGGUCGAGGGAAGCAAGAAGGAGAGUUUGAGGUCACUGGAGUCUCCAGAUCUGGACGUGUCCGAAAAAAAUCUUCGAAGUUGAUGGACUUUGAGUCACCAGAAGAAAUAGAACGACAAUCCAGGAAACAGCACGCUGCAGAAAACAGAACUCCAGCAACCUCAAAAAAAGUCACCCAGCAUGUGCAGCAAGAAAUCAAACGUCCCAUUUUCCCCGAUUUGGAUACUGGCAGACUAACUCAAGUGAAAGAAGCCCACUACUCAGAAACUGACUCGGAGCCAGGAAUGUAUCCUGCACCUGGUGAUGAGGACCCUGGCUCUAGCCUAGAUUCAUUAGACAGUGAAGAUGAUGACGAUAUGGAAGGAGGAAUGAUGAUCGAUGAGCGAGGAUCAAACGAUACAAAUACUCAACCACAGGGUGCAUCCUUAUACAUGCUCGAAAGGUCAAAAAAGAAAAAACUUGUUGUGCAAGAUGGCAAAGUUGUAGGCCGCGCCAAGGCUGAACGGAAAGACAAAGGGAAAUCCAGAUUCACUGCAUAUAUGACUUGGGCCAAAGAAGUUAGAGGUGACCUCAUGAAGAAGCAUCCUGAGUUAGAUUUCUCUCAGACAAGCAGAAAACUAAGUGACCUUUGGAAAACCGUUCCACAAAAUGAAAAAUACGUCUGGAAAAAACGAGCUAAGCGGUUGGCUGAUGAUAUGUUAAUCAAAGAAAAAACAAAGAAAAUGAUAGGCUCGAAUUCCCGGAAGUUUAUAAACAAACAAUCUAACGUUGUAGCUGUGUCUAGUCCUGUUACCACUCCGAAGGGUCAGCAAGUAGUUCAUUUGGGUCAACCAUCAGUCAUAGGAAAAAUUCCUGUUUCUCCACCAGACAUUUCAAGACACAGCAGGAUGAAGGGUGGAGAAGGUUUAGUCCAAGAGCCUGUGUUGGGGACUGGUCUGUAUAAAGUUGUCGGAACUCAGCCUAUUGACUUGGCUGCCCACUUGAGGUUACUUGGUGAAUCAUUGAACAUCAUCGGUGAACGUUUGAAGGAACAUGAGGGGCAAAUAGCUGUGUCUGGGAGCUAUUCUGUACUAUUGGAUUCUUUGAUUUGUGCGCUAGGACCUCUGAUGUGUUUGAUGCAGCAAGUUGGAGAAACCAACAUCAUACCAAAUGAUAGAUAUGCUCAAGUAUUGGAUAAUAUAGCCUAUAUAAUGCCUGGCCUGUAAAUACAUAGUUCAUUUAUUUUUAUCUUAUAAACUUAGGAUUAAUUAAGUUUUAACCGAUUUUAUGAGUCUGUGAUGAAAGAAGUGAAAGCACAUUUCUUUUUGACCCGAAAUACAGUUGUACCUUCUUUAAGAUAUAUUUUCUAUAGUUAAUGUCAUACUUACUUCAUCUCCUAGAAAUUUUGUGUGAACUUUCCAAAUAUUUUCUCUGGAUAGGAAAUAAAAAUUAAUAAAACUAGA